UAUAGAUAGUAUAGUACUCAUAAUAUAGUAGUCAUAUAUACUUCAGACAGCAUGCAGUUCACAUAUUUCAUAACUCGCAACAUUAAGUGCUUUGUAGAACAGGAAUCAGUAUAAUUUGAAAGUGUGUCGCUGUCUGAAGUGGAAUGUCGGCCUGUUCUCUAAUACGACUUAUGUAAAUCUCUGACAAAACCAAAUUGCACAACUUUCCUCCCAAAAGCUUCUUUGUCCCCACUUCAUUAUUUUCCCAGUAAAGGCCAUGGGUGCCCCAGGCUGGCUGUAUUUUGAUUAAUCCACAGGAAGGGUAGCCAGACGCAGUGCUGUGGAUUCUCUAGAGAGGGAGGCUGAACGGCUUUUGAAGAGAUGGAGACCUUAGUCUUUUUAUUCUCAUUUACCGCCCUCGGCGUUCUCUAUGCCAUGAACACCAUCCCUCUGUUUCAAGAGCCUUAUGUGAUCUUGGAGGUUGGAGUUGCUGUCCUGGUGGUUGUGUUUCUGUUUUACUACCUCAUCACUCGAGGCAACCCGCCAAAAGACGUCUUAUUCUUCGUUUUUGCUGAAUUUUCCUUCACUUGUGUCAUUGACCUGACGAGUGCCUUGGAGUAUGACGGCAUUAUCUCCGGCUUUAUGGAAUUCUACCAAAAGACAGGAGAGCCCUAUCUGGGAACAGCGUAUGCCAUCAUGAUGUGUUACUGGGAUGGAAUAGCGCACUUUAUCAUGUACCUGGUGAUGAUCAGCAGGAUAACAGACAGGAGAGGCUACCGUACCCUGGGUUUGUUCUGGGCUGGCUCUUUGUGUGCCAACAUGAGCGUGUUUAUUUCCGGGAUAGUGGCAGGUAAAUAUGGAUCAGAGAUCCGUCCAGCCUUCUGGCUCAACUUUCUCUUCCUUUUGAUUCCUGUAUGGGGAGCCACCACACUAUUCACUAAGCCCAAGGACAGACCACUAAUCGGUGGAUACAAUGCCCAGCAGGCCCAGUGCAUGAAACUGAUCUGGCGUCCCUUGGAUCUGAUCCUGGUGCUGCUCCUGUUAGCUUCCAUGGCCUUCACCAUCCUGAGAGGCUUGGUGGCUCUGGACUCUCCACUAGAAGCCUGUUCCAUCUACCUGAGGCACUAUGAACCCUACCUGAAGGAUCCUGUGGGCUACCCCAGAGUUAUGAUGCUGCACUUGUUCUUCUAUGGACUACCCCUGCUGGGUGCAUUUGUUUAUGGGCUCCUCAAGCCCGGGUGCACAUGGAUGUCAGACUGGACCUUGUUCUUUGCUGGAGCUGUGAUCCAGUGCCAGUGGGCCCACAUCGGGGCAUCCCUCCACCCUCGUACCACAGCUCCGUUUCGUAUUCCAGAUGAUGUUUUCUGGACUGUGCUGCUAGCGAACUUGCUUUACGCAGCCACUCCCAUCCUGGUGGCCUUGCGGGUUUCCAGUAACCCCUAUUUCUUCCUGAAGAUUGCCCCCUUUCCUGGGCAGACAGGUUUGCCAAACAGUGAGGAGAAAGAUACCAAGUACAAAGACAAAUAGUAAUUCUCAAUGUUGUCUUGACCUUUGGAGUUAAUUGCUUAUCUGAUGAUUCCUGAAGAGCUGUUCUAUUUCAAAAAGCCAUAAUACAAGAUUUUGCUCAACAAAGUGGUUAUUCAAAUGUUUGCUUUCCAACGCUUUGAAUUAUUAACAUUGGAACAGCUGAUUGGUCAGUGAAGUUGGUUUGUAAGAUGAUGUUUUAGCAUGGCUCACUUGGUCCAGACUGAAAUAUCUAAACAGCUAUUACAAUGAAAUUCAGACAUUCAUAGUACCCAGAGGAUGAACCCUAAUAACUUUAGUGAUGCCCUGAUUUUCCCACUAGCACCACUGUGAAAGUAUAUUUGUCUUUUAGUGAAAUGUCAAGACAGCUAUUUGAUGUAAGUUUAGUACAAAUAUCCAUGGUGCAUAGCGGAUUGACUUUAAUGACUGUCUUGAUCCCCUGAAUUUUCAUUUAGCGCCAACAGCAGGUCAAAGUCUUCACUUAUUCUUCUUAAUAUCUCAACAUUUAGUCCAUGAAUCGGCACCAAAUUUGAUUCAGAUAUUCAUGGUUCAGAAAUGAUGUAUUCUUAUGAUUUUGGGGAUCCUUGGACUUUGACCCCUGUUGUUGUUUUGAGUGAAGUGUUCAAAAGGAUAUAAAAUGAUCUAGCCAUUCU